UGGGACUGGUGGGGGUUGGGGGGAAUAGGCCCUGUAUAAAAGCUGAGUAGACAGAUGUUCACUUUCACAGCUCUCCUGUAAGACUGGCAGGGCAGAUAUAGAUUAAAAUGAAGCACAGACUCCAUUUAAAGUGCAUUACAGCCCAGGAAUCAUCUCCCCUUGGGCAGGAGAAGGGAGGAAAGGGCACAGGAGGCCACAUAAGUCUCUUUCCUUAUCUAGCACCACAUGUCUCUCUCCUAGCUUUGUGAAGGGUGAUUUACACCCCGGCUGGAAUGACUCUCUUUCUGAGCUGAUUACAUUGGCAAAUGCCCCCCAGAGGCCACAGCAGGAUGGCCGUAUUCAGAAGCAGCAGCCAAUAAAUCUCAGAGGUCUAUAUUACACUUCUCAGUACCCUCCCUCCUGGCCCUCUGCCAGGUGGGCUGUGGAAGUAGAAGAGGGCUUGGCUGGAAGAUCGGGGGAGGACACCCUUCAAUACCUUUCAUUACCAUCUUCCCUAAGUACUGUUUAGUUGUCAUUCUUACAAGGCAUUCUGCCUCUGUCUUUAUCCAGGGAGCCAGUUGGGAACCAGCCCAGUAAAUUUAUCUAAUAAAUAACCCUUAUCUUUAUGGGUAGAAGUCCUGGAUUUCUCCUAGGUAUUUGCUCUUGGUAGAAUGGCUUGCUCUCCUAACCCUCCUCUGAAAAUGAGGAGGCUCCUAAAUGGUCUCUCCAACCACUUUUCUCAGUGAUCUUUCGUCUAGGGAAAUCUCUGCAGUUUAGUCUGAGGGAGGUUUGAUCCCUCCAUCCUUCCUCGUGACCCUGAAGGGGCUGAAUUUUGGAGGAGUGUAGUCUGGCAAAGGUCCUGGGAUCUUGCCCAAAGUCUGUCCCCAGCAAGGUCAUUUCACCUGUCUGCAGAAUCUUGGGGUUAAUAAUACAACGGAAUCUCACCCCUGAAGAUACUGAUGCGGGGAAAUGAUAUCAGAGAUGUGCAAAUUCUAAGAGGGGGAAAAAAAACCUUGAAAUGCAAGUGCCCUCAUGCAUUUGUUACAAGAUCUUAUUUGGGGUGGUUGUUUCUUGGUGGUAGAGCGGAUUCCGGAAAGUGAGAUAGGAUACUUUUUAAAAAAACAAAUAUUUGGACCCCCAGGACAACGAGUUUCCAGUGGCAGCUCCCACAAUGACUCGGCUGCUCCGGGGCGCGUGCCCUGGAUCGCCCCCACCCCCGCCGCCCUCCGGGUCUAGCAGGAGAGGCUGCGUGAUGCGUCCGUCGGCUUUGGAGUUGGAGGGCGGCGCCCGGGACCCUGGUGGGAGAGUGUCGGCGCCGUGGCGCUCCCUGCGAGGAGGGGCGGGAGAAGUGGUGGGAGGUGCUGGUGGAGGAGCCCGGCUCGCAGAGCUCCUGUGCUAGGAGCGAGGGUAACGCCGAGUCGGGUGCAGGCAAAGCACGCGACAUCGACAGCCAGCGCGCGCGCACCCCACCAUGGCGCGCCCGCGGAACCCGCGACCUUUGCCGCCUGUGCUCCUGCUCCUGCUGCCGCUGCUGCUGCUCCGAGCUGGGGACCACCUCCCCACAGAAGGCCGACUCACAAACAGCUGUAUCCAGGCCAGGAGGAAGUGCCAGGCCAAUCCCACUUGCAAUGCUACCUACCACUACCUGAAUUCCUGUGCCUCAAGUAUAAGCACCUCAUCACCUGCAGAGGAGCCUUUGGUCCCUGAGGACUGCAUGGAGGCAGCACAGCAACUCAGGAAUAGCUCUCUGAUGAGCUGUACAUGCCAUCGGCGCAUGAAGAACCAAGCUACCUGCCUGGACAUCUACUGGACCAUUCAUCCUGCCCGCAGCCUUGGUGACUAUGAGCUGGAUGUCUCUCCCUAUGAAGACACAGUGACUAGAAAACCCUGGAAAAUGAAUCUCAGCAAACUGAACAUGCUCAUACCAGACUCGGACCUCUGCCUCAAGUUCGCCAUGCUGUGCACUCUUAAUGACAAGUGUGACCGGCUGCGCAAGGCGUACGGGGAGGCGUGCUCCGGGUCCCGCUGCCAGCGCCACACUUGCCAAAGGCAGCUGCGCGCCUUCUUUGAGAAGGCCUCAGAGCCUCACUCGCAGGGCCUGCUGCUGUGCCCGUGCGCGCCCACCGACCAGGGCUGCGGGCAGCGGCGGCGCAACACCAUCGCCCCCAGCUGCGCGCUGCCUUCGGAGGCGCCCAACUGCCUGGAGCUUCGGCACGUCUGCGUGUCCGACCCGCUGUGCAGAUCGCGUCUGGCAGAUUUUCAGACCCACUGCCAUCCCAUGGACAUCCUAGGGACCUGUGCAACAGAGCAGUCCAGAUGUCUGCGAGCAUACAUGGGGCUGAUUGGGACUGCUCUGACUCCCAAUUUUGUCAGCAAUAUCAAUGCCAGUGUUGCCUUAAGCUGCACCUGCCGAGGCAGUGGCAAUCUGCAAGAGGAGUGUGAGCGGCUGGAAGAGUCCUUCUCCCACAACCCCUGCCUCAUGGAGGCCAUUUCAGCUAAGAUGCGUUUUCACAGCCAACUCUUCUCCCGGGACUGGGCAGCCUCUACCUUUUCGGUGAUGGAACGCCAGAACAAAAACCCUGCUCUGAGGCCACAGCCUUGGGUGCCCACUCUUUUCUCCUGUACUCUUACCUUGAUUCUGCUCUCGAGCCUCUGGUAGCUGGACUUCCUCAGGGGCCUUCUUCCCCUCUGCCACACCAGCUGACCUGCUGCCUGCAAUGGGUGAGGAAGGGACAGCAUCGGGAAGGAGGUUCAGUCUACCACGUGGCAACCCUGACCUGUGUCCAGUCAACUCCAGAUGAGGUCAUGGUAGAAGCUGACUAGCCUCGUUCUCAUGCCCUUCACUUCUUUUUUUGUUUUGUUGUUGUUGUUGUUUGGCUGUACCACACGGCUUGUGGGAUUUUAGUUCCCCAACCAGGGAUUGAACCUAGACCCUCCCAGUGAGUACUCAGAGUCCUAACCACUGGACUGCCAGGGUCAUUCCCUUCACUUUUUGUUGGGCUGCCCCUUCUUAGGACUUCAGCGUAUCACCUGGUGGUAUCCAGCUCUCCCAGGCUCUCUCCUUAUUUCUUUCUCCUGCCCACCCAGGAUCACUCAGGCUCUUAACAAAUCAGUCACACUCUGCUGCAUUCUCCAGGUAGGCAGAGUUGGGUGUUCUGAAGUGACCUGGAAAGACAUUCCUCAUGGUGAGGAAAGCUGGAGGAAGACUCCUGUCUAUCCCUAGUUUUCUCCUCUGAGUGGGGGAUGGGAACCUACUGCCAUCCCUGCCCCAGGAUCCUACACAACACUUGGGCUUCAGGAGCUGGAGCAUUUGGGCCUUGCUUUCUUCCUGCUACUGUACUAGAGUCCCCCUAGCCUCUUGGAUUAUGAUUAAACAUUUUGACUUAAAA